AUGGGUAGAGAUAAAAUUUCUUCAGGCUCAGCCUCGGACGAACCACCCAAGCUGUCCCCUGGUGAUUUCCGAACAUACAAUCGCAUGUCCGAACAGAUGCAGGCAUUUCACAAUCACUUCCGUCUUAUUUGGAAACAACUCUAUGAAGCCUGUUCUGCUACUGGCAAAAAUCCAGCGGGGCUUUCAGCGAGACAAAUAAUCAUGACUGGUCUUCAGUUUUGCUCGCAGCUGGAUUUUCACCACUCAAUUGAAGAGCGACAUAUUUUCCCGGUCCUUGCGUCGAAAAUGCCAGAGUUCCGUAAGGAACUUGAGCUUCUCUCGCAGCAUAAACUGAUCCAUGCGGGUCUCGAGAGACUUGGGGGGUAUCUUGAAAAAUGCAAGACUGGAGAGGAAGACAUGCGACGUGAAGAGAUUAAGCGGUUGAUGGAUACCUUUGGUGAGGUAUUAUGGACUCAUCUGGACCAAGAGGUGAAUACUUUACGUGCUGAACAUAUGCGCAAGUUCUGGUCUCUUGAGGAGAUGCGCCGGCUCCCAAUGUGA